UAAGCCACCAGAUGACCUAGCUUAGCAUAUACUUAUAUCAAGGUGAAGGAAAGUUUCAUCUCAGAAUCCAUUUUCAAUGUUGAAUAUAACAACUCAUGGAAACUUAAUUCACUAUUCAUUCACUUGUCAACUUUUUCCAAUCAUUUCUUACUUUCUCUCUUUCUUAGCCAAUUCAAUUUAUUAAUUAUCAUCAUCCAUGUCUUUUGUUUCUUUUGUGUUUCUCUUCUUAAAAUCAUAGACAUUUUACAUUAACCGAUUCGUCAUUUGGGUAACAUCACUGGUUUUCCCACCAAUAGUUUGUCGCCAACCAUUUUUGCUGUUUUUUGUUUUUAUUAAUCAUCUUUUGUUUCUUUGUUCAUUUAAUUCCAUAAGAAAAAUAAUUGAAUUAAUUGAGUGUUUAACCAGUGAUUUUUGUUAUUAACACCAUUACUGAAACUGUUAAGUCAGUAACAAUGAAUAAAAAUAAACCUUACAAGUUGACAAAUGUUUGCUCAAAAGUGUCAAGUGUUGAUACACUUUAUCAAUCAGCUAUUGAGCCUGUACAAUGUGAAGCCAGAUUGUGUGCUGGUUCAUUGAUGAGACAAUCAGUUGCAACUACAAAACAUCGACGAACUACUGAUGAAAUUAUUGUUCAGGCUAAAAAUUUUCUCGAUCAAUAUUACACUUCAAUUAAGCGUGUCAACUCACCAGCUCAUAUUGAAAGAUGGAAUCAAGUUAAAUCUUCAAUCAUUAAACAUGGUACCUACCAAUUAAAGGAAACUGAACUCAUCUACGGUGCUAAAUUGGCUUGGAGAAAUGCUUCAAGAUGCAUUGGACGAAUCCAAUGGUCCAAACUCCAGGUAUUUGAUGCAAGGACAGCAACAACAGCCAAAGAAAUGUUUGAUGCCGUUUGUAAUCACAUUAAAUAUGCGACCAACAAAGGCAACUUAAGAUCAGCGAUUACAAUUUUCCCACAAAGAACUGGUGAUUCUGGUGACUUCAGAAUUUGGAAUCAACAAUUGAUUUCUUAUGCUGGUUAUCCUGAUCCAGAUAGACCUGGCCAUAUAAUUGGUGAUCCCAUUAACGUUGAAUUCACUCAGCUUUGCUUGAAUAUGGGUUGGAAACCAGCAAAGACCAAUUGGGACAUUUUACCGAUUGUUGUCUCUUCGUCUGGACAAGAUCCACAGUUGUUUGUGAUUCCGGAAGAAUUGAUUCUCAGAGUUCCAUUGGAACAUCCAAACUUCGAAUGGUUCAAAGAACUGAACCUUCAAUGGUACGCAGUUCCAGCCGUUUCCAAUAUGCUAUUCGAUGUUGGAGGAAUUGAAUUCCCUGCUGCUCCGUUCUCGGGUUGGUACAUGGGAACUGAAAUUGCAUGUCGUGAUCUUUGUGAUGUGAGCAGGUUCAACAUUUUAAAAACUGUGGCUGAUAAAAUGGGUUUAGAUACUCGAUCAAACAUGACUCUAUGGAAAGAUGCAGCUCUUGUUGAGGUUAAUCGAGCAGUUAUUGACAGUUACCAGAAACUUGGUGUUACCAUUGUUGACCAUCAUACAGCUGCUGAAUCAUUCAUGAAACACCUUGAAAAUGAGCAAAGAUUAAGAGGUGGUUGUCCAGCUGAUUGGGUUUGGAUUGUACCGCCAACAGCUGGAAGUUUAACUCCAGUUUUUCACCAAGAAAUGAUUGACUAUCGACUUAAACCAAGCUUUGAAUAUCAGGAACCAGCAUGGAAGUCACAUUCUUGGAAUAUUUCACCGAAUGGUGAAAAAUCAAUUGUUCAAGCGAGAAAGAAAAAGUUCAAAGAGAUUGCUCGAGCAGUUAAAUUUACAUCUAAUCUGUUUGGUAAAGCGCUUUCAAAGCGUGUUAAAGCAACCAUACUUUAUGCAACCGAAACUGGACGAUCAGAGGAAUAUGCAAAACGCUUGGAGCAAAUAUUUUCAUUUGCAUUCAAUGUUACGGUAAUGUGUAUGGAUUCAUAUGAUAUUUUUCAAUUGGAACAUGAAACGCUUCUGUUAAUUGUUACCAGUACCUUUGGUAAUGGCGAUCCACCAGAAAAUGGUGAAUCUUUUGCUCGACAAUUGCAAGCAAUCAAGGUUACUGGAGAUACUACACCUGAUAUUGAAAGUGUCAGGAGUGUUUCAACGUCCUUGUUGCGUAUAUCAACAUUGGGAUCAUACGAGGGACGUGAAACACCGCCAAAUGAUAUUGGAUCGUCUCAAAUUGGACCUUUAAGCAAUAUAAGUAUACACAAUGGAAACUCAUUGGAGUUGGAGAAGCUCAAAUUGGAAUCUGAUGUAACCUCUAAAAUAAUACUUGAAGAUGGUAAACUUCUUAAGGAAAGUGAUUUCAAGAAAACAGAGAUAACCAAAAGUGAAACUUCAUUUCAAUCAAAUGGCCAUUUCACUUCCUAUCAAGCUUAUAAACAAUUCUGUCGAAGCAAAAGACGAAGAUUUGCUGUCUUUGGUUUGGGGUCAAGUGCUUAUCCCAAUUUUUGUGCAUUUGCCAAGUAUCUUGACAAUAUGCUUGGUGAACUCGGCGGUGAACGUAUAUUUAAAUUGAUCACUGGUGAUGAAUUGUGUGGUCAAGAGCAAUCGUUUAAUCAAUGGGCGAAAGAUGUUUUUGCAGAAGCUUGUAAUGUUUUUUGUCUCACCGACGAGAUUAAUAUGAAUGAUGUUAUGAAAACAGCAACACUUAAACCUAAAAUAUGGUCAGUCCAAAGUGUUAAAUUGGUGCCUUUAAAUGUUACCUCAAAUGGCCCUAAAUCAUCAACUGAUGUUGCCAAAGCUCUUGCUAAAAGCUCUAAUCGAAAGGUAAUACCAUUUCACUUGGCAUCAACUAUUAACCUUCACAGGGGAGGUGAUAAACAACGGCAAACUAUUCGAGUAAUACUUGAACUUGAUAAGCAACAAUAUGUUAAAUUGCUUGGGGAUCAACAAUCUUCAACGGCAACAUCAACAACGACAUCAACUAUUGUAUCAACUGAUUCAUCAACCGUUACAUCAACCACUAAUUCAACUUCAAUCUCAUCAACCCAGAAGCAGCCAAAUGGUCACUUGAUUGGCAAUCAAAAAAAUGGGGAAACAAAUGUGUCAUUAACCUACUCUCCUGGUGACCAUUUGGGAAUUUUCCCGGAAAAUUCAGUUACUUUGGUUAAAGGAAUAAUGUCUCGUUUGAAUAAAAUUGAUUUCACCAAAGUCUAUCAAAUUAUGGUCCGUAAAUCAAACGAUGACAAUGGAAACAACGAUAACAUUGAAUACGUACCUCAUGAAAAGCUGCCAUCGUGUUCAAUUGAAGAAGCGUUAACCCGUUAUUUGGACAUAACUACACCGCCAACUCAGCAACUCUUAAGUUUACUGUCAUCUUUCUGUAAAGACAAUGGACAGAAAAGUUUAAUGGAAAAAUUGGCCAACGAUAGUGAACGCUAUGAAGAAUGGAAAGCUCACCAAUAUCCUAAUCUUCUUGAAUUAUUGACACAAUUUGACUCUCUCGAUCCUCCAGCAGAAAUAAUUUUAACCCAACUUCCCAUGCUUCAACCUCGAUUCUACUCAAUCUCAUCUUCUAAUAAAUAUUAUAAUUGGAUAUCACCGUCAGUAUCAUCGUCAUCUUCAUCAUCCUCUUCUUCAUCGUCAUCGAAUAACAUCAUUAACAACACUCACAAUACUAAUAAUAUUAACAGCAAUAUUAUAUCGUCUUCAGCAUCAUCAUCAUUAUCAUCUGUACAAAACUCUUUAUCAACAAAUGGUCACUCUCCAAUUUCAUCUACUGACAAUUCAUCUUCAUCAUUUCUUAUUGAUCAAUCUUCAGUCGAUAUUUCUGGAAGUCCUCGCCGGCCGGGUACUUUAUGUAAAGAUACUCUCAAUUUGUUUAGUUUAUUUUCAAAAUUUACCGGUUUUGAAACAUCAUCUAACCACAAUAAUCAACUAAACCAUCAAAACACUGCAAACAACGCUACAAAUUAUCUUAAUAACUUUAUUACAUCUGUUAAUAACAAUAAUAACAAUAUUAAUGAUAGCAACAAUAAUAAUUACAAAGAUAAAUCAAAUAAUUCUAUUCCAAGUAAACAAAGAGUUGGAAAUUCAGUGAGCGGAUCAAAUAACAAGCAGACUGGAGCUGAUGGUCAUCGAAGUGAUUCCAUCAGAAUUGAUUUAACUGUUGCUGUUGUUAGUUACACUACCGGAUCAGGAGCUCAACAUUAUGGUGUUUGUUCAAACUUCCUGGCCAACAUUAAAGAUGGACAUCAAGUUUUUGGCUUCCUUCGCAGUGCACCCAAUUUCAGAAUGCCUGAUGACCACUCAGCUCCCGUUAUCAUGGUUGGACCGGGAACCGGAAUUGCACCUUUCAGAGGUUUCUGGCUUGAACGCUAUGCUGAUGGUUUAACCAAUCCUUCACUUAAAAAAUCUUUUGGUAAAAUGUCUCUAUAUUUUGGUUGUCGAACACCUUUAAUGGAACUUUAUGCCGAUGAAACUCGCUUCAUGGCCAAAGAAAAGGUAUUAUCCUGUGUAAAAGUCGCAUACUCUCGGGUUGAAGGUCAACCUAAACGAUAUGUCCAAGAUGAACUUCGAACAGCAGCUGGGGAGAUUCUCCAUCAACUAAUGAAAGAGAAAGGCCAUCUUUACGUUUGUGGUGAUGUUUCAAUGGCUGAAGGUGUCUGCCAAACCUUGAGGCAACUUUUAUCUGAAGCUGGUUAUGAAGAUCCUGAUAGUGUUAUAAUGUAUCUUCGGUCUGAUAAUCGAUAUCAUGAAGACAUUUUUGGUAUUACCCUAAGAACCGAUGAAGUACGGAAGAAAGGUCGAGAUAAUGCUCUAAACAGGAAAAGUGCAGCAAAUGUUUGAUAAAUCGCCAAGCGAAAAAAAAGGAUUGAAUUACUUUUAAAGUCUUUAAUGUUGCUCUCUUUUUGUUGCCCUAAAACUCUGAUUAUCAAUUUUAUUUGCAUAACAAUUAUAAUAUUAUUGCUAUUAUGUUAUAUAUAUACAUAAGAGAAAGUUGAGAUAUAAAUAUUACAAUAAAUAUCACUUGAAGAGGCAGAAAUAAUAUAAUUAACAUGGCUUGCAUGAAUUAUAAAACAUUUUGAAACUCGGAUAAUCAUGGUUUCCUAAUGAUUUUUAUGAUUAAGAUUUUGUUUUUUGUUUUUUCUAAAUGUUGGUUUGCUUGGUUAUUUUAAAUUGCCUAAACUGUACCUGCAAUGAUUUCCAAUCAUUUGAACCAAACAUGCACCAAUCAUCAUUGAAAUUGUUACAAUCAAACUAAAAUGUUACGAUUGAAAUGAUUAUGCUAAGCUUCUGUUUUUGUUCAUCAUGUUACUCUUUGUUAUUAAUACAUUCAAAAUUGUUUGAAUUGCAUAUCAAAUGUUCAAUCAUAAUUAUGUCUAUUAAACCAAAUAAAUUUACAAUUUAACCGAAAA